GAAAGGGGGAGGAUGUAAAACUCUCUUUCCUCCACCUCUUUCAGGUGUUCCUUCUAAAACCUUAGUAACAAUAAGACGGCGCUUGCGCGUUCAUUUCCUUUCGUCAUGGCUACGUCAAAAAAGUUUUAAGCUGCUGCAGUUUAACAAGUGUUUAAAAAAAAAAAAUUUGCAGUGGAAAGGCGGGGGCGAAUUGAAGAGGAAAGCAGAAAGACGCUCGGGCGGGAGCUGUGAAAUUAAGAAUUGAGCAAGGAAGGCAGUGAAGGGGAAGCUUCCGAGGGGCACUUACAAAACAUUAGUAACUUGGAGAGGGGAGAGAGCGCAGAGUGACUGACAUGUUGGAUCUUUAGCUGCUUUAUAGUCACUGACUGACUCGCGCCAGCUCCAGGCAUGGAUGAAGUUGUCACCGAGGAAGAUCAGAGCAGGGCCGUGGCUACGGAGAAGAGAAAGGCCUGGGCUAAGAGCAGGGAUUCCUGGCAGGCAUCGGAGGCAGAGGAUGUCUCGGCGGAAGCCAGCCAGAUUUCUCAGGCUGAACGAGGGAAGCUCCAGCUGGAGGGAUCAGGAAAUAUCCCAAAUGAAAAGAUUGCAAUAUGGCUGAAAGACUGCAAAACACCGCUGGGAGCUUCUUUAGAUGAGCAAAACACUCCUGCUGCCUUCUUAAAGGGAAUGAUCCUGAAGAAUGGUGGCAGUUUUGAAGAUGACUUGUCCCUUGGAGCGGAAGCUAAUCACCUUCAUCAAAGAAACUUGCCGAUGGAGCCUCCUUGCAAUGGCUUACUGGCAAGAGAUAGAAGACUUCAGUUUCACCAGAAAGGAAGAAGCAUGAACUCCACUGGGUCUGGGAAGAGCAGUGCCACUGUAUCAAGUGUUUCAGAAUUACUAGAUCUAUAUGAAGAGGACCCAGAAGAAAUACUCUACAAUCUUGGAUUUGGUAGAGAUGAGCCAGAUAUUGCUUCAAAAAUCCCAUCAAGAUUUUUCAGCAACUCCUCAUUGGCCCAUGGGAUUGAUAUCAAAGUGUUUUUGAAUGCUCAAGUGCAGAGAAUGGAAGUAGAAAACCCUAACUAUGCCUUAACAAGUCGUUUUCGCCAGAUUAAGGUUCUCACUGAUGUGGCAAAUGCUUUCUCUUCUUUAUACUCGCAAGUUUCUGGAACACCUCUCCAAAAAAUUGGGAGCUCAAAAUCUCUGUCUGUUAAUGAGCCUCCCAAGCCCGCACCUCUGAAUAGAGCUGCAAGCCAAACCGCAGUUCGGCUUAUGGAAACCUUGUCUAAACUGAAUUUGUGUGGGUCUCGGGGAGCUGGUGAAUUCAGCCCUACAACACCAUCGCAUGAUAAAGAGCAGCUUUUAAAUGAUAUUCAAAAUCAGGAUGAUAAAAUAGAACAGAAACUGCAAAAGCCUUUUAAGAAAAAUUCUCCACCUUUGGCUACAGUUAAAGAGGAGGCAUCUAAUCCACUGCUAAUCACGGACUUGAUGCCUCUUGAUAUUUCUAGCGUGGAAAAAGAUGAGGAUGCUAGUAACUCAAUUAACAUAUUAAAAGAAUCCCAUAUGGACCAAGAAGAGAUAUCCAACAAUCAAAAUGAAUGUGACAGUCCUAGCACUGUGGACUCCUCGUCUAGUAAAGAUCUUGGCGUAUCUGCUGACCUGGAGGCUGAAAUAUCUAUUGAUGAAGAAAACCCUCACACAUCUACACCAGACAAGGAGUUAUAUGCACCAAGUCAAUCUCUGAGUUUAGUGAGCCAACCAAAAGAAUCCUUUGAACUUGAAGAGUUACAGAGCUCCGAGGAAGAACCUCCCAAUGUUUCUUCGAUAAGUCGGUUAACUCUUGAAAAAAUAGGCAAAGAUCUGCUGAGAACUGCAAGCCAGCAUUCUGAUAGCAGUGGAUUUGCUGAAGAUACUUCCGGAGACUGUGCGUUAAUGAAUUCGGCUCAGCUUCAAGAGUCUUUGCAGGCCAUGGGAAGUAGCGCAGACAGUUGUGACAGUGAAAACACUGUAAUAUCGGAGUCGCCAAAAACUACAGACCUGCUAGAGUCGAGUGACAUUGAGAAUGACGAGUACUUGACACCAAGGGAUAUCUCUGCUUGUAAAAUGUUUUUUGGCGAGAGGGAUAUGGACACAGCAGAUUUGCCAACUGAGCCUCCACAGAUAAAUCCACCUGAGGUUAUAAAAUCUAGUGACAAUGAAGAUGAUUCUGGGUCACGACAAGAAUGUAGUGCCGAUAGUGAGAUGGAAAUAAGCAAUGAAUAUGAAGCCACUCCUUAUACAACCCAUCACAUAUCCGAAUCAAUGGACUGUUUUUCAGAUUACGACCAUACGAAGUCUGACUUGGGAAGAGCGAGUUCUUGUUCUGUUGAACGUGUUCAUGUAGCAUUACAAAGGGCUCAGAUGAAAGUUCUCAGCUCUUCUGAGGCUACUGGAACAAGAACUGGGCGAAGCAUGAUUUCGUCGAAGGACUUGUUGAAACGCAGGCACAAAUAUGCAAGCUCAGGUUACCCAUUAAGAAGAACGCAGUCUUUGCCAUCUGCGCUGCUUAGUCCUGUCAGGGUAGUAUCAAAAGUAAACAUUGUGUUAACAUCAGGGAAGGCAACCGUUUGUAGUCCUCCAUCGUUUUCUUACAAGUAUACACCAAAUGAGGAAGAAAUAAGUGAACAACCAAAUGAAGAUGGAAACACUAACUCUGAAUCAGCACUUUUGGCAUCUCCCAAGUCAGAGUCUAAGGAGGUCUUUAAAAGUGGCCUCAGUAGGCUACCUGAAGGUUCACAGCACAGGUCUCAGUCCUGCAUUGCACAUGCUCCAUCACACAGGUCUCAGUCAUCCUGUUCUCUCCAUUCUCUUCAUUCGGACUGCCAUGAAAGGUCACUGUGUGAACAUGCAAGAACGUGGAGUACACACAGUGUCCCUAACUUCUGUGGGGGUUCCUGUGGUUCUGUAAUGUCUCCAUUUGCGUGCCCCCUCUCUCAGCGGUUUGCAUAUGGAUCUCUUCAUAGGUCAUGCUCUGGCUGCAUGUUACCUAUGACCGCUCCCCCAUCUACUACUGAAAUGCAGCUGCGCAGAGUACUGCAUGAUAUAAGAAGCUCACUACAAAACCUUUCACAGCAUCCUGGCAUGCGUGGAAAUGACAGGGAAUCCCAGAGAUCAUCCGUUCUACCUCUUUAUGAAAAUACAUUCCAAGAGCUGCAGAUAAUGAGGAGGAGUUUAAAUCUGUUUAGAACCCAGAUGAUGGACUUGGAGCUCAAUAUGUUGCGUCAGCAAACCAUGGUGUACCAGCACCUUACUGAAGAAGAGAGGUAUGAAGCUGAUCAGCUGCAGGGUCUAAGGAAUUCUGUUCGGAUGGAAUUGCAGGAGCUUGAACUUCAGCUGGAUGAACGGCUUCUAGUGCUUGAGGAACAGCUUAGAAAUUUUCACGCGUCUUCUCCUUUUCAGCGUCCCUCAGCGAUGGGAAUGUUUGGUGGAAGAAGCACAGACAGCCUAUUGUAUUCCACUCCACUGAACGUCAUUGAACCAGUUACUGAGCUCAUAAGAGAACAGACUCAUCUUAAAUCUGAACUGGGACUUGAAGACCUGGGUGUUGAUGCUGAGCAUUGUGAGUCUUUAUUUUCGCAUGGUGCUUCUGAUUCUUCUUCUGUUUCUUCAAGUCCACGUCAUAAGGUUAAGAAAAGCUUAAUAAACUCUGAUCCCAUUGAUAAACCAAAACCUCAGACACACACAAGCAAAACAGUGUAUCGUGCUUCAGUUGCUUUGACGCCUAGCCCACCAAUGAGAUCCAGUGAAUCACAAAACCUUAAAAAUGUGGAGACGCCAGAAGAUCCUGAAAAGUCAAAGAUGGGAUCUGCAGAAAAACAUCAACCACUUCCCAGCGUUUCUGAAAAGGACGGGAGUCCUAGGUGGACUGCUGAAGAGAACGAAGAACUGCAACAAGUAAUUCGAGAGAUAAAGGAAUCUAUAGUUGGAGAUAUCAGACGCGAGAUUGUAAGUGGACUUCUUGCAGCAGUGUCUUCUCCAACUAGAUCAUUCGAUGGGAAAAAAUGACAGCAGUAAUUAAAGAAGGUAGGUUACCCGGGUCCUAUAACUAUCAAGUCAAGGUAUUUUAGAGUAGGAUUUGGUAAACUGCAUGACUUCAUUAUUCUCUGCAACACAGCGGGGUCUCAUCAAUUAAGAGGGUGUUUGUAGGAGAAUUGAACAUUUCAACUCUAUCGCUCUAUAAAGGGACAACCAAUAG